AUGACCACCAUGGUCAACGUGGACGCCCUUCCGGAAUAUGAGAAGAGUCAGAUCAAGAGAGCCCUGGAGCUGGGCACCGUGAUGACCGUGUUCAGCUUCCGCAAGUCCACCCCGGAGCGCAGGACCGUCCAGGUGAUCAUGGAGACGCGGCAGGUGGCGUGGAGUAAGACGGCCGACAAGAUCGAGGGCUUCCUGGAUAUCAUGGAGAUCAAGGAAAUCCGCCCAGGGAAGAACUCCAAGGACUUCGAGCGUGCGAAGGCAGUCCGCCAGAAGGAAGACUGCUGCUUCACCAUCCUGUAUGGCACCCAGUUCGUCCUCAGCACACUCAGCUUAGCAACUGACUCGAAGGAAGACGCAACCAAGUGGCUCUCCGGCUUGAAGAUCUUACACCAAGAAGCGAUGAGCGCAUCCACCCCCACCAUCAUUGAGAGUUGGCUGAGAAAGCAGAUUUAUUCGGUGGAUCAAACCAGAAGAAACAGCAUCAGCCUCCGAGAGUUGAAGGCCAUCUUGCCCCUGGUCAACUUCAAAGUGAGCAGUGUCAAGUUCCUCAAGGAUAAGUUUGCGGAAAUAGGUGCCCACAAAGAUGAAUUCAGCUUUGAACAGUUCCAUCUCCUCUAUAAAAAACUUAUGUUUGAGCAGCAAAAAUCGAUUCUUGACGAGUUCAAAAAGGAUUCCUCCGUGUUCAUCCUGGGCAGUACCGACCGGCCGGAUGCCUCGGCGGUCCACCUGCACGACUUCCAGCGGUUUCUCUUACAUGAACAGCAGGAACUUUGGGCUCAGGAUGUGAACAAAGUCCGUGAGAGGAUGACAAAGUUUAUCGACGACACGAUGAGGGAAACGGCGGAGCCCUUCUUGUUUGUGGAUGAGUUCCUCACGUACCUGUUUUCACGGGAGAACAGCAUUUGGGAUGAGAAGUAUGACGUGGUGGACAUGCAGGACAUGAACAACCCCUUGUCUCAUUACUGGAUCUCCUCGUCACAUAACACGUAUCUCACAGGUGACCAGCUGCGGAGUGAGUCGUCCCCGGAGGCGUAUAUCCGCUGCCUGCGCAUGGGCUGUCGCUGCAUUGAGUUGGACUGCUGGGACGGGCCCGACGGGAAGCCCAUCAUCUACCACGGCUGGACCCGGACCACCAAGAUCAAGUUCGAUGACGUUGUGCAGGCCAUCAAAGACCACGCCUUUGUCACCUCAAGCUUCCCCGUGAUCCUGUCCAUCGAGGAACACUGCUGCGUGGAGCAGCAGCGCUACAUGGCCAGAGUAUUCAAGGAGGUGUUUGGCGACCUGCUGCUGACGAAGCCCACGGAGGCCAGCGCGGACCAGCUGCCCUCGCCCAGCCAGCUGCGGGAGAAGAUCAUCAUCAAGCAUAAGAAACUGGGCCCCCGAGGCGACGUAGAUGUCAACAUGGAGGACAAGAAAGAUGAGCACAAGCAGCAGGGGGAGCUGUACAUGUGGGAUCCCAUCGACCUGAAAUGGACGCGGCACUAUUGCGCCAUUGCCGAUGCCAAGCUGUCCUUCAGCGACGACAUUGAGCAGAGUGUGGAAGAGGAACCGCCGCAGGACACGCCCCCCACAGAGCUGCAUUUUGGAGAGAAGUGGUUCCACAAGAAGGUGGAGAAGAGGACAAGUGCCGAGAAGCUGUUGCAGGAAUACUGCUCUGAGACGGGGGGCAAGGAUGGGACCUUCCUGGUGCGGGAAAGCGAGACCUUCCCCAACGACUAUACCCUGUCCUUCUGGCGGUCCGGCCGGGUCCAGCACUGCCGGAUCCGCUCCACCAUGGAGGGCGGGACCAUGAAGUACUACCUGACUGACAACCUCAUGUUCACGAGCAUCUACGCCCUCAUCCAGCACUACCGUGAGACGCACCUGCGCUGCGCCGAGUUUGAGCUCCGACUCACGGACCCCGUGCCCAACCCCAACCCUCACGAAUCAAAGCCGUGGUACUAUGACGGGCUGAGCCGUGGAGAAGCGGAGGACAUGCUGAUGAGGGUUCCCCGGGACGGCGCCUUCCUCAUCCGGAAGCGGGAAGGUAGCGACUCCUACGCCAUCACCUUCAGGGCCCGGGGCAAGGUGAAGCACUGUCGCAUCAACCGGGAUGGCCGGCACUUCGUGCUGGGGACCUCCGCCUACUUCGAGAGCCUGGUGGAGCUCGUCAGCUACUACGAGAAGCACGCGCUCUACCGGAAGAUGAAGCUGCGCUACCCCGUGACCCCCGAGCUCCUGGAGCGCUACAACAUGGAAAGAGAUAUAAACUCCCUGUAUGAUGUCAGCAGAAUGUAUGUGGAUCCCAGUGAAAUCAAUCCUUCUAUGCCUCAGAGAACCGUGAAAGCUCUGUAUGACUACAAAGCCAAGCAGAGUGACGAGCUGAGCUUCUGCCGUGGCGCCCUCAUUCACAAUGUCUCCAAGGAGCCCGGGGGCUGGUGGAAAGGAGACUAUGGAACCAAAAUCCAGCACUACUUCCCGUCCAAUUACGUCGAGGACAUUUCAACGGUUGAUGUGGAGGAGCUCGAGAAGCAGAUUAUUGAAGACAAUCCCUUAGGGUCUCUUUGCAAAGGAAUAUUGGAUCUCAACACCUAUAAUGUUGUGAAAGCUCCGCACGGGAAGAACCAGAAGCCGUUCGUCUUUAUCCUGGAGCCCAAGAAGCAGGGUGACCCCCCGGUGGAGUUUGCCACGGACCGGGUGGAGGAGCUUUUCGAGUGGUUCCAGAGCAUCCGGCAAAUCACCUGGAAGAUCGACACCAAGGAGAACAACAUGAAAUACUGGGAGAAGAACCAGUCGAUCGCCAUCGAGCUCUCGGACCUGGUCGUCUAUUGCAAACCAACCAGCAAGACCAAAGACAACUUAGAAAAUCCCGACUUCCGAGAAAUCCGUUCCUUUGUGGAGACGAAGGCUGACAGCGUCGUCAGACAGAAACCCAUCGAGCUCCUGAAGUACAACCAGAAGGGCCUGACCCGUGUUUACCCGAAGGGACAGAGGGUGGACUCCUCCAACUACGACCCCUUCCGCCUCUGGCUGUGCGGCUCCCAAAUGGUGGCACUCAACUUCCAGACUGGAGACAAAUACAUGCAGAUGAACCAGGCCUUGUUUUCACUCAACGGGAGGACCGGCUACGUCCUGCAACCUGAGAGCAUGAGGACGGAGAAGUACGACCCCAUGCCACCCGAGUCCCAGCGGAAGAUUCUGAUGACCUUGACAGUCAAGGUUCUUGGGGCUCGCCAUCUCCCCAAGCUAGGACGAAGCAUUGCAUGUCCCUUUGUGGAGGUGGAAAUAUGUGGAGCCGAAUAUGACAACAACAAGUUUAAGACGACGGUUGUGAAUGACAAUGGCCUAAGCCCUGUGUGGGCUUCCACGCAGGAGAAGGUGACAUUCGAAAUUUACGACCCAAACCUGGCAUUCCUGCGCUUUGUGGUGUACGAGGAAGACAUGUUCAGCGACCCCAACUUUCUUGCGCAUGCUACUUACCCCAUUAAAGGAAUCAAGUCAGGAUUUAGAUCUGUUCCUCUGAAGAAUGGGUACAGUGAAGACAUUGAGCUGGCUUCCCUCCUGGUUUUCUGUGAGAUGCGGCCGGUGCUGGAGUGCGAAGAGGAACUGUACUCUUCCUGUCGCCAGCUGCGGAGGCGGCAAGAAGAGCUGAACAACCAACUCUUCCUAUAUGACACACACCAGAACUUGCGCAACGCCAACCGGGAUGCCCUCAUUAAAGAGUUCAAUGUCAACGAGAACCAGCUCCAUCUGUACCAGGAGAAGUGCAACCGGAGGUUAAGAGAGAAGAGGGUCAGCAACAGCAAGUUUUACUCAUAG